CGAGGUGCGAACGCGGCGGCGAGGCUGGCCGGCCGACGUGUCUCGGUCUCUGUGCGUAAGCGACCCGCAGCCCGAGCAGACGACGCCUUCCUCCGCCUGACGAGAUGACUGAAAAUUCCCAACCUGCCAGCGAUCGGGGGGAGCUAGUGGCUGCAGGCGAAGGCGAGGGCGAAGGUGACCAGCAAGUGGCAUCGGAAUCAGAUGCUGCAGCUGCACAAAAUGGCCAGCAGGCUCGCCAGCCCACGGCAGGGGAGUCGUUCAUGUCAAUCACCAAAUCUCUCAUCAUCAGAGCCAUAAUCAUCUACUUCAUCACGUCAUUCUUCAGACGGCCACAACAGCCAACUGGUCCGCAGGGAGGCCCUGAGGGACAGCAAGUCACACGCGCUCGCACACCAGCCCUAAAUCUCUUCCAAGAUGGUGAUAAUCUGGACUUAUAUGUGUAUAUAUCCGAAUUAGAAACAUUCUCAGACUUUGAUGAUCCAGAAUCUUUAGUGUGGGUAAAAGAAGAUAUAGUUUAUGGAGACUGGACUUCGGGGCCAGACAGUGACGGCACUUUUUAUCAUUCUCUUAAAAUCCCCACCACAGAGAAUAUACGAAACAAUGGGUCAUUAUUCGUCCAUGUAUAUUUUGUAAAAAGUGGCUUUUCUCCGAAUCCAGAAGCUGGAGAAGGCCUUUACAAUAGGAAAUACACAACAUACAAUUCUCAAAGACUUAACAAAUAUAAGCGUCGCCGAUACAGGAAAACUAGUAACUUGAUCACUGGAGAAACUGAAUUAUCAGAAGAGGAGGUUAUGAAAGCUGAGACCAUGAAAGAAGAAAUUAUUUCACACUGGCAUCCAAAUAUAACUGUCAACAUUGUGCAUGACUUCACACAAUGGACCCAAGGUGCUGUACCCCCUCCUCUCGAUGAAUAUGUACAGUUCACACCUGCUGCAGAUAGAUAUAAGCCUAUCACAUUCCUGAACACCUACUGGAACCUGGUGAGAGAUUACCGACCCAUCAACACCACCACGGAGAUCCUGGACCUGACCGUCACUUUCCAGCCUCUCUCACUGUUCAAGUGGCAGCUCUAUGCAGCCCAAGCCAUGAAGAGCAGAUGGCCUGGCACAGCUAUGUUGGAGGGCCUUGGUGGGGAAGAGGAUGACGAAGACCAAGAUACCAUCAAGGAAGCCUUUUUGGAAACCUCUCCAUACCUGCUGGCUCUCACAAUGGCCGUUUCACUCUUGCACUCCGUAUUUGAGUUCCUCGCCUUCAAGAAUGAUAUUCAGUUUUGGAACAAUCGUCAGAGUCUUGAAGGCUUGUCAGUUCGCUCUGUGUUCUUCAACGUGUUCCAGUCUGUUGUGGUCCUCCUGUAUGUGCUUGAUAACGAGACCAAUUUUGUUAUUAAGGUCUCGUGCUUCGUAGGGCUUGGCAUUGAGCUCUGGAAGAUCACAAAGGUAACGAAUGUCUCUGUUAAUAGGGAGAAACGGAUUAUGGGCAUCCCUACAUUGAAAUUCACAGACAAGGGAACAUACGUGAACUCGAAUACAAAGGCCUAUGAUGAAAUGGCCUACAGAUAUCUGUCAGUAGUGCUCUUCCCUCUGUUGAGCUACUGUGUUUAUUCUCUCAUCUACCAAGAGCAUAAAGGAUGGUAUUCCUUUGUUCUGUCAAUGCUUUAUGGCUUCCUCCUAACCUUUGGUUUCAUCAUGAUGACUCCACAACUGUUCAUCAACUACAAGUUGAAGUCUGUAGCUCACCUGCCAUGGAGGAUGCUCACAUACAAGGCUCUCAACACUUCAUCGACGACAUUUUUUUGCAUUUGUUUAUUAAGAUGCCCACCAUGUAUAGGUUGGGCUGCCUUAGAGAUGAUGUGA